CCGCGCCCACUUCCUCCUGAGCUGGGCCCGGGAACCCACGGCGGCGAGCGGCGCCUUCUGAGCUCGCCGGGCGGUGGCCAGACGGCUCCGGCCCAGUCUGCGGCCGCCACCCCCGCGCUCCCAAGUCCGCCGCCCGCAUGGACGCGGCGCCGAAGCGGAGCCGUCCGGAGGAGCCGGCCGAGCUGCCGCCGCCAGCCCGGGACUCGGAGGAGGAGGAGGGGAUGGAGCCGGGGCUGGAGGAGGAGGAAGAGGUGGACCCCCGGAUCCAGGGAGAGCUGGAGAAGUUAAAUCAAUCCACGGAUGAUAUCAACAGACGGGAGACUGAACUUGAGGACAUUCGUCAGAAGUUCCGCUCUGUUCUUGUUGAGGCAACGGUGAAACUGGAUGAGCUGGUGAAGAAAAUUGGCAAAGCUGUGGAAGACUCGAAGCCCUACUGGGAGGCACGGAGGGUGGCGAGGCAGGCGCAGCUGGAAGCUCAGAGAGCCACGCAGGACUUCCAGAGGGCCACCGAGGUGCUCCGCGCCGCCAAGGAGACCAUCUCCCUGGCCGAGCAGCGGCUGCUGGAGGAUGACAAGCGGCAGUUUGACUCGGCCUGGCAGGAGAUGCUGAACCACGCCACCCAGAGGGUCAUGGAGGCGGAGCAGACCAAGACAAGGAGCGAGCUGGUGCACAAGGAGACGGCAGCCAGGUACAAUGCGGCCAUGGGCCGCAUGCGGCAGCUGGAGAAGAAACUCAAGCGAGCUAUCAACAAGUCCAAGCCUUACUUUGAACUCAAGGCGAAGUACUACAUGCAGCUUGAGCAGCUGAAGAAGACGGUGGACGAACUGCAGGCCAAGCUGGCCCUGGCGAAGGGCGAGUACAAGACGGCCCUGAGGAACCUGGAGACGAUUUCCGACGAGAUCCACGAGCGGCGGCGCUCCAGCGCCAUGGGGCCCCGUGGGUGCGGUGUCGGGGCCGAGGGGGGCAGCCCGGCUGCCGAGGACCUGUCGGGGCGCAAGCCCGAGCCUGACGCUGUUUCUGUGGCCUCCGAGGCCUUCGAAGAUGACAACUGCAGCACCUUUGUGUCUGAAGAUGAUUCGGAGACCCAGUCCGUGUCCAGCUUCAGCUCGGGUCCCACGAGCCCGUCGGAGAUGCCUGAGCAGUUCCCCGCAGCCGUGAGGCCCGGCAGCCUGGACCUGCCCAGCCCCAUGUCCCUGUCGGAAUUCGGGAUGAUGUUCCCGGUGCUGGGCCCCCGCAGUGAGUGCAGCGGGGCCUCCUCCCCUGAGUGCGAGGUGGAGCGAGGGGACAGGGCGGAAGGGGCAGAGAAUAAAGCAAGUGACAGAGCCAGCAACCAUCGAGGUCUCGGCAGCAGCAGCGGUGACAGUGGCGAGAGCCCGAGCAGCACGUCCCCCGAGGGCCAGGCCUUGGAGGACAGGAUGCGGCAGCUGUCCCUGCAGGGCUCGAAGGGCAGGGACAGGGUCAUCGAGGACAUAAACGUGGUGCAGAUCGGCUGAUCGAGCCGCGGCUCUGGCCCAAGCGCAUAUCAAUAUUUAGACAUGAAACUGUAUGGAGAACAAUUGUGCCAAUAAUCAUUUAAUAUAUGCCAAAUCCCAAGCAUUGCCUCUAAACUGCACUAAUGACGUUUCAGUGAACUUGAGAGCUGAAGAUGUUUCUUCUGGGUAAGAGCUCUCAGGCUGGUGUUUUUCAGCACAGAGUCGUUGCAGGUGGGCUGUGACCAGGCCCACGGCCUUUGUGGAAUGUCCCCUGUCAGUGCUGUGGAAGCAGUAACCAGUUCCCGGGGAAAAAUCCCCGAGCCAGUAAAGGGGCCGGGGAGCUGAGCCCCAGCGGGCUCGACGGCUGGCUCGAUUGGGGAAAUGGCCUUGUUCUCUCCUUUGUAUCCCAGGGGAUCUAAAGGAAAACAGGUACACAAGACAAAACUCAAAUAUUCAGAAGGACACCUUUUUGACCCAAUGAAGGCUUUAAAAAAAAAAAUCCAAGGACACAAUUCAUUU